CAAAAAGUCCUGCUGAUGGUACUCCAAGAAGACCUGUUUUAUCUGUCAGUGCAAGAAAAAUUAAAGAUAAUGCAGCAGACUGGCAUAAUUUAAUGAUGAAAUGGGAGAAACUGAAUGAUAAUGGAUUUACUACAGCAAACAAAAUAGUCAACAUGAAGAUCAGUGAGCAAUUUCAAGACUACAAACUGAAGGUAGCAUGUGCUAACAGCGACACAGGAUCUGAGAAGCCAGCUCCAAAGUACAAUGAAGAACUGGACAAUUGCUGUGCAGAAUUACUUGAGACGUUAAAGCAUAUGACAAAAAUACAACUGAAAAUGGAAAAGCUUUCUUCGACUGCUAAAGCAAUCUGUGACUUGGAAACAUUCCACCAUGGAGCUGGGAAUUGCACGGCACCUUUCUUUCAUACAUGGCCCACACCGUACUUCUAUGAGGUUUCUCUGAAGCUCUCUGAAAUGUACAAGAAGGAACUACAACUCAAGCAGACAAUUGUACAAGAAAUUGCUCAUUCUGCUGACCAGGAUCUGAUGAUGGUCUAUUUAUCGUCAUGGUUAUACCAGCCUUACAUUGAGAACAGCAGCAAACUGCUACUUGAAGCCAUGCUGCUGGAAACAGGACAUAGACAGUGCUAGAAUUUCAGACGUUACAUGGUUUGCUUCUGAUGGUGCUUACAUGAAACUGCAGUGGCAAAUCGCAAGGCUUACCAAGUAAGUUGAAUUUUUGCAAAACUUAUUAAACGUAUUUUUCUCUAUUUGUAUUUAUUA